AUGGCGACGUUGAAGGAAAGCUAUGUCGCGUCGUGCAUGGAGAUCCAAAGCCUGAAAUCCGCCAAGAAGACGUCAAAGGGGCCUAAGCCUCGCAAUGUUCGUGGCGUCUCCAGGAUGCGAAAUCUGGACGGCGAGGGGUUUGAGACCCCUGUGAAUCAUGUUGAUCUCGAAGAUGCUGAUGAUUCGGAAAAGGAAGAUGCCGACGGCGGCGAGAAUGACGGCGCUGAUCCCUCGAAAGAACCCGUCCAAGGCCGUCUCGAUGACCCUAUCCAACAGCGUCUCCAGCAACUAGAAGACAUGAUCGCUCGCAUCCCUGGUGUCCCCAGGCCUAUGGAAAAAGCUACUCCUAACAGUUAUGCUGAUUCUCCUUUUGCAGAUCCCAUCGCGUUGAUCGAGGUACCCAAGAGGUUCUCUGUCCCAUCCAUGAAGCUGUAUGACGGCACCGCAGAUCCCAACGACCAUGUCGCUCAGUACAAACAAAGAAUGAUCACCAUCUUAAUCCCAAAGAAUAUGCGGGAAGCUUGCAUGUGCAAAGGAUUUGGCUCUACGCUGACUGGGCCAGCUUUGCAGUGGUUCAUUAAUCUUAAUAACGGGACUAUCUCUUCUUUUGCUCAAUUGGUUAAUGCUUUUAAUAUGCAAUUUGCUAGUAGUCGCAAAAUGGAAAAACAAGCUAGCGACUUACACAGGAUUAUGCAAAAGUCUGACGAAUCUCUUAAAGAAUUUGUAAACAGGUUUAACAGGGAAAAGGUGUCCAUUCCAAAUUGCGACGCUCGGACGGCCAUCGAGGCGUUCAGACGUGGCUUGGACGAGGAAUCAGACCUCUACAAGGAGCUGACCAAAUAUCCAUGUCCGACGUUCGAAGAUGCUCAAGCCAAAGCGUUGGCCCAAAUCAGGCUGGAGGAAGACAUGCAGUCCAGAAAGGCCUAUGCCAAUGCCGACAGCCGGAAGGCGGCGUCCAACAAGCAAGCAUCCUGGCGUCAAAAGCCUUAUGAGCGCUCGCAGCAGGGAGGUAUCAUUAAUACUUUACAUUCUUUAGGUUCUGCUGUUAAAUGGCCUUUCAGGAACGAGAAAUCGACGACCCAUCGUGACAAAUCCAAAUGGUGCGAGUUCCACGGAGACCAUGGGCAUCACACCGACGAGUGUGUCGCUCUGAGGCGAGAGGUGUCCCACCUACUGAAGCAAGGGUACCUAAAAGACUUGCUGACGGAGAAGGGUAAGCAGACGGUGUCAAAAAAUGACGACCGACGUCAACCGCCGUCAUCCCCGCCGCAUGUCAAGGUAAUUAAUGUCAUUAGCGGUGGUUCAGAUAUCUGUGGACUAACAUAUUCUGCAGCUAAACGGCAUGCACGAGACGGUUUAAAAGACUGGCUGACGGAGAAGAGUAAGCAGACGGUGUCAAAAAAUGACGACCGACGUCAACCGCCGUCAUCCCCGCCGCAUGUCAAGGUAAUUAAUGUCAUUAGCGGUGGUUCAGAUAUCUGUGGACUAACAUAUUCUGCAGCUAAACGGCAUGCACGAGACGGUUUAAAUCAAGACGCCGUCCCCAAGGAACUCCGUCACCCCCGUGACGUCGAGCUGGAGGCCAUGCCGAUUACCUUCGAUAACGCCGAUCUCGGCGACGACAGAGACAUACACCAUGACGAUCUGGUAAUAUCUUUAACUGUCAGUAAUUGCUUGCUUAAACGUGUGUUAAUGGACAAUGGCAGUUCAGCAAACAUCCUGAUGAGAGGCGCUCUAGAGGACAUGGGGAUCGAUGAGCGUGACGUCAUCCGCAAAUCUACUGUCCUUGUCGGAUUCAGUAGAGAAUCCAAGCAUACCAUGGGAGAAGUGACCCUGCCCACAUUCGCCAAGGGAGUUAACAUGCCAACUAAGUUUUAUGUCAUUGACUGCCCUUCUUCUUAUAAUGUGAUUUUAGGCAGGCCAUGGAUCCAUAGCAUGAAGGUUGUCCCCUCGUUGUUCCACCAAUCUUUGAAGUUCCCUACCAAAUGGGGAGUGCAGGAAAUCAAAGGGGACAGACGGAUCGCGAAGGAAUGCUAUAAGACGUCCUUGAAGCCAAGGAAAUCGGAAGCAUAG